AUGUUCAUUUCUACAACCUCGCCUUCCAAGCAGAACACCACAUCACCCCAAUCCUCCCAUCAUCUCACACCUUUGAGCAACAGGGAGACUGCUGAUCAUUACGAUCCACCCACUCCAACAACUGCUAAUCUUGAUAUUGAGUCUCCUCUACUGCCUGUUCUAACACCUGCUCUGCAUUCAAGAAGAGUUGGAGGAGCAGGAUUAUCGGGAUCAUCCAUGCUCUCCUCCGAGGUAGGAAUGAUGUCCGAUUCAAAUAAUAAUUCAUCGUCGUCAUCCUCAUCUUCUCAUGAUCAUCAUCACCAUUCCCAUGCACAUUCUUCAUCACCCUCUUCAAAAAUAGAUAAUCAAGAAAAAUCUCGAGGAGGAGCAAUGAAUACGAGCGUUCAUCAUCACCAUCCGAAUAACCAAAAUAGUGUCCAUCUUCCUUGUUGUCCAAAUUCUGUGAAAGGCAUUUAUUUAAGUGCAAUUUUAAUUUUCACUGGAAUUAUGCUAAUAGUCACAAUGAUUUUCAUGUUUAGUGUGUCACACACUUUAAGUCAUGAUUCUCACAUGAGAGUCGUUGUAGAGGAUCAAAAUCAUAUUUCUGAUGAAGAUUUACUUCAUUCAAAUUCAGAUUUAAGUACACUGGAGGGGGAUACUACACCAGAUGGCAAGUUAAAAAGACCUCAUCUCAUGAAAAAAGCAAAAAUCACUUCUCCUUCCAUUUCAUAUCAAGUUCAUUCAUGGAAUGAUUUGAGACAAUGGAUCCAAGGUUAUCAAAAAGGUGUCAGACAUUUUAAAGUUGAUGUUUAUUAUCAUAUUGACUACAAAGAUUUUGUUGAAAAGUAUGGACGUGCAUGUAGAAGAAGCGUCCAUGAUAUUGCUGAAACGAAUUCUUUACCAUCUACCACAAAAACAUCUUGUUUAAUCUUAACACACGAUGCUCCAGAAAUUGGAGGUAUUACAAAUGGAAUUGGAUAUUUCGAUACAAUUGAUCUUAUUGAUACUGUAACUGAUAUUAGAAAACGAUUUAAAACAUCUCCAAACGAUGAAUCUGAGAAAAUUUAUAUUGCUCUUUGCAUGAAAUAUCACAAAUUAAUGUUUAAUAGCAAUGCAGGAACUGGAACUUAUGUCGUCGGAACCAUGAAAAAUCCUUGCUUACCAAAACCUGACAAUGAAUGGAUUAUUCUUGUGGAUGACAUGUAUCAACUGUUUAAAUCAAGAACUGAAAAGUUAGGUUUAAAUGUGGAAUUUAUUCUGGACGAGAGUGGAACUCCUGGAGGUAUUAAAUCAUUAGCAAGAAGAUGUUUAGAAAACAAAUGGCCUGAUUGGCCCUAUACAUAUAUUUCAAUGAGAGACCCUCCAGAAAUUAUGGAGAAUCCUAAUGAGGGUAAAAAAUCUUGGAUUCCUUCAAUAUCUUCUAAAACCGACAAGUACAGUAGAUACAAGUAUCUAAAUCAACCAAUUUUCGACGAAUUCAAAACGAAAAAAAUUGGAUUACCAAGCCAAACUUUUUUCUUGGAGGAAGCACAACGUUAUUCCUAUGGAAGAUUUAAUGAAAUCCCAGAGAGUAAACUGCUUUGGGAGCCAUCACAUCAACAGGAUAUUUGGAAAACUCUUGAAGUAUACAAGAAAAAACCUGUAAAGAAAGGUGUUUUGAGAUUUUCUACAAAUAUUGACCCUAUUCAGAUGGAAGUAUUUCUCUCCAAGUAUUCAAAAUAUGGUAGAAAUGAACCAUUACCAAAUACAAAAUCUUCAACCAAGCCUAAAGUUGUAUCUAUCGAUGACUCUGAUAAUCUCAUGUUUGUUUAUGAGAAGGAAAAAUCAUUGAGUUAUUCUUUUUAUGAUUUUCACACACACCGAAUUUCUCCAUCAUCUAUUAUUAAGAACAAUAAGGGAGAAGCACUUUCACUUGACUCUGUGAAUGUUGUCAAUAUUAUGAGACACAAAAUUUCUAAUCAGUUACAACCACUGAAAGCAUUUAGAUUAGCUAUUGUUUUCAAUGAUGGACAACUACAUAUCUACAAAAUCGUAAAGAAUGUGGAGAAGAACAGUUAUGAACUUGGUUUAGAAACUUCUGUCUCGUUGAUGAAUCCAUUGAAGACUUCUGAUGAAAUUCUUGCAAGUACUCUCGAGUCCUCCAUGAGCACUUUAUUGUUGUUCACAAGAAAUACGCGAUCAAAAGUAUUAUCUAUAUAUGUUUAUCGAAUUUUACAGUCCAGUGACAAGUCAGUGACUGGCACAAAACUCAUUCAGACGUUUACCAUUCCAAACAAGUUAGAAAAGAUUGAUAUUUUGAAACACUUCACCAUUCACGCAAUUUCAUUAACACCACACGAUGCCCAAGAUUUACCUUCUCAAUUAGAUUUAUUUGUUUUAAUUGCAUAUUCCACAACAAAUAACAAUGUGUAUGGAACCUUUGUUACUCUCCCACUCUCCAUACAGUCAGAAGGAGAGAGCAAGACAAGUCAAGAUGCUGCUCGCAAGGCAACUCCUCUCUCGUCCCCUGUGUAUUCACAGCUUCUUGGAGUUGGUGCCAAUCCAUCCAUUUCCUCCUUACGAAUCACACAAUCCUUGCAAACUCAAGACUCAUCGACUCAACACAUUGAAAAGACAUUUCUAUCCAUAUUUUGGGGUGAAGGUUUUUGCAAUAAUGCAGAAAUACACAACGUGCAAUCAUUCCCAUUCACGUGUUCUCUCAAGAGACUGUCAUGCCCCAACGUGUUGCAAUAUUCCAUGAUGAGUGUGAAUGAAUUUGUGAAGACCAUUCAAAGGAGUGGUAUUACGUCUGCGAGUAUCUCUGGUAGUAGGAGCAGCAGCAGUACUAACAGUGAAAUCACAACCAUUCCAUCCUCACCAUCAUCUAUCUCCUCUUCAGCAGAAACGAGAAUGAUGCAAAUGAACAAGCCAUUCGAGAAUCCACAUGUAUUCUUUGAGAAUCGAUACUUGUUCUCUCCAUGUAAGGAAAACAUGUUGUUUGGACCGUAUGAUCGAGGAUCCGAUCCAAAUAUACUCCUUUUCAAACAUGACCCGACUUCCAAUCUUGUGAGUGCUCUGAGUAUUCAUAUUGGAGUUCCUGAGGAAAAUUAUACAUUCAACUUUGGGAAUACUCAACCCGAUCCACAACAAGAGGAUUCUCUUCUUUCAGCAAGUAAGACUUUGGAUCAACAACAAGUUUCAGAAAAUUAUGAGCUCUCCACCUGUGUUGCAUGUGGUGAUGCAUUGCCCUAUGAUGGUCUUGUUUUUGAUGAGCUUUUAUUUUCGGUCAAGCACUUGAAUUGA